AUGCUAGAAACGGCUGCACAAGAAACUUCACCGCAAAAACAGCCCCUUGUGAUGCAGCUGAUCGUUCGAAGGGAUCUUUUAGACACAGAAGCUUGGGGAGUCGGUCCUCUGAUGGCGCAGACAGCGCAUGCAGCCGUUGCGGUUAUACAUGAAACUAAGCAGAGACCUGAGACGGUCGAUUAUCUCGAUGAUUUGAAGAACAUGCACAAGGUUGUUAUGCAGACGCCAUCAUUGGUUACAUUGGAAAAAUUAGCAGCGUCAUUGUCGAAUGCAGAGCCACCAAUACCGUAUCAUCUAUGGGUCGAACAACCAGAGAAUGUCCCGACAUGUCUGGCCCUGGCGCCAAAUCGAAGGGAUAAAUUGAUCAGAAAGGCACUGGAUAAGUCAAGUUGUAGACUAUGGAAGAGCUAG